AUGGCGAGGGCAGAUAAAAGGAACCUCCCAGCUACCGGUAUCGAUGGCGAUAGACUCAGCUCUCUACCGGGCGAAAUCCUCUCCCACAUUCUCUCUUUCCUGGAAACCAAGUACGCCGUCAGCACCAGUAUCCUAAGCCGACGGUGGAAGUAUCUCUGGACCAGGGUUUCAAUUCUCGAUCUCGUCGACUCCCUUCACGUUCCAUCUCAAGAGCCGAGAGACCUGGCGUUCUCCCGCUUCGUCGAUAGGGUUCUGAGCGAGCACAUGAAUCUCAAUUCUGUGAGGCGCUUGCGUCUGCUUUUUUCAACGAACUCCAGGCCGAGUUCAAGUUUCUGGUGUAAGAUGGAAUUGGAUUCCCAUGCAUCUCAGCUUGAGGAGAUCGAUGUUCGCCCUCCGCGUCAUUCUGGUAUGCGCGGGCUUCCACAGAGCUUCUACGCUUUGAAGAAUCUCAUGGUUUUGAAGCUCGACUUCGUUAUGCUAACUCCUGGGGAUGGGUAUGUUUUCCUUCCUAGCUUAAAGGUUUUGCAGCUUUUCAGCGUGGAGAUUACAGAUUGCGAGUCUUUAGCCCGGCUCUUUUCUGGUUGCCCUGUGCUAGAGACUCUUCGUAUGAAAUAUUGCUACUCCUCUAUCUCAGACAAGAAUGAGAACUACGUAAUCACUGCUUCCUUACCAUCCUUGAAGAACUUAGCGAUUAUUGGCACUGGCGGUCAUGAUCCUAAUUUGUGUCUCAUUGUAGUCGAUGCACCAAGCCUUGAGCAUCUUCAUCUUGAGGAUUUUGAGGAGUUUGGAUUUUGUGGCAGUAGUCAGUUGCCAUGCCUUGUUUCAGCACGGAUUGAUAUUCGGUGGACCCAUGAAGAACAUCCCCUAAUUGGGUUCCUCACCCAUAUCUCCAAUGCAAAGAAAUUGUGGUUGUCUGGGCGGAUUCUCGUAAUCAACCAUGUUCUCCCUGUCUCUCCACAUUACAUUUUCCCUCUCUAUUGA